UUAUUUCCAGGUGGGGAGCGCAGACUAUUGGGGAGGGACUUUAACGGGUCUCCCUCCUUUAAAAGUACUUUUUUCUUUACAGCAAACAAAUAGUUGCGUUUGCACGGACAGUUCACUUGUGCACAGAGUUCAGGAGCAGCGAAAAUGGGCACAAUGUACAUCUGGUUGAAACGGAGUUACGUUGUCGUGAUAAGUCUGAUCGCGAUCAUCAGCUUGCUGCUCCUGGGAAUCAGUCUUUUUGCCCAUGGACACUUUCACCAACAGGAAGAGGUAGAACACGAGAUCAGAGCCAUACAUAUUAUGUACAUUGUUGCUGUUGUAAUUAUUGUCUUGACCCUCUUUGGUGCCUUUGGUGUCUGGAAAGAGAAGAAGUGGGCUCUAAUAGUGUUUGCAGUUGGAAUGAUUCUGAGCAGUCUCUAUAUGUUGGCGACUAAUAUUCAAGGACUGGUUGCACAGCCUAAGUUAGCUGAAGACAUAAAGAAGCAGUACCUGAGCCUUUUGCCGCUGGUUAAUGCUACUGAUGCCCUCAAUGAGAUACAGACAGAAUUGGAGUGUUGUGGACUUGAGAGCUACCAAGAUUGGAAGUUCAACAUCCCAGAAUCCUGCCUGUGCACCAAAGAGUCCACUAACCCAUGUGUGGCAGCUCCUAGGAACAGCAGCCUGGUUAAUGGCCAGAAGGAUGACCUGCCCGUCAUGAUUUAUGAAAAGGGGUGCCUUCCGUACUUAAUCACAAGCGUGAUGAGUAUAUUUGGGAUUGUGUUGGGCAUAAUUCUGGGAAUCUUAUUAUUGUGGGUGUUGUCCAUUGUGUUAUGCAUUGUCAUCUUGUGCCAGCUGGAUCGGAAGAAACACAUCCCUGCAGUGGCGUACAGUGCAGAGGCAAAAGCAGGCAACUACACCACCCUCACAGAGCUUCCAGACCACUCUUGAUUUCUUUGCUUGUUGCCGGCAGUGAUGGCUGUAAUUUCAGCAUAUUUAACAAAGCUAUGAAGCAAUGGCAAUAAUACAAGGAUACAAAUUUGUUAGCUGCAAAUUUGCACUGUGCCACUAACAAUACUGUGAAAGACUUUGUGAUAAUCAAGCACAUUCCUGCCCACUGUAACCAAAAGGGAUAUGAUAGGUGGCAAAGUGUGUUAACCACUUUGUACGUUUGAGCUCUGUGUUCAUAGGAGUUUGGUGGUAAUUCUGCCCCAACAUGGAUUGUAAUUGAACAGCUUUGAUCCGAGAUCAAAGAAAUGCAGUGCUGAAAGCUAAUGCGCUCGUCAAAAAGAACUGAUGAAGAUUAUGGGUGAAUUAAAACUUUAAUAAUAUUCUGUGGUUUGGUAGCAUUUCAUUUUUCUGUAUUUUGUUGUUGAUUUUUAUGCUAAUUAUAUAUUUUUUUUUAUUGUGUAUGAAAAUUUUUUAUAUGUCCAUCAUAUGGCUUGACAGGUUUUUUGAAACUAAUUAAAAAAUCUAAUUUGAGAAAAAAAAAAUCUAAUUUCAGAUGUUUAUAUGUAUAUAUUGUCAGCAGAUUACCAAAGACACAUCUGUUUUAUAAAGCUUCUUUCAUUCAG